AUGGGCCUCAAACCACCGCGGUGCUCGGGAUGCACCAUCUCAUUCCCCACCGACAACAUCAUGCUCGUCACCCUCAGCCGACCGAAGCAAAUGAACUCGGUCACGCACACCAUGAACUGGGAAAUCGAGGCCCUUUUCAACUGGUACGACAACGAGCCCUCCCUCCGAUGCGCCGUCAUCACCGGCGAGGGCCAAAAGGCUUUUUGCGCCGGCUCCGACCUCAUCGAGAUUGAGCAUUCGCAAAAGGCGACCAUCAACCAGAGCGACGUGAAAGAUGCUGAGCCAUGGCUGCAUCAGCAUCCGAACGGGGGGUUCGCUGGCAUCUCGCGACGGAAGGGCAAGAAGCCCUUCCUUGCUGCCGUGAAUGGAAUAGCUUUGGGAGGGGGGUUCGAAAUUGUUUUGAACGCCGAUGUUGUCAUUGCUUCUCCGAAAGCUCAAUUCGGCCUGCCCGAAGCUCAAGUCGGGGUGUACGCGUACGGAGGCGGUCUUCCUCGGCUCGUCCGAAAUGUGGGCAUGCAAGCUGCCAGCGACAUCGCCCUGACUGGCCGACGAAUAUCCGCGGAGGAAGCGCUCUCCAUGCACCUCAUCCAAGGCAUCUCCAAAACCCCGGAGUCCGUGGUGGAGGAGACGCUGGAAAAGGCUAAGCAGAUCGCGGCCAUUUCGCCCGACGGCAUCAUUGUCACUCGAGCGGCGCUGAGGGAAGCGUGGGAAACGGGCAGCGUGGAGCGUGCAUUCCAGCUGGUCCACGACACGUACUAUGAGAAACUGAUGAAGUCGGACAACUCGGUCGAAGGGCUGGCGGCGUUUCGAGAAAAGCGCAAGCCCAAGUGGAGGCCAGCGAAGCUGUGA